AUGUCUUCAUCUUCUAGUUCGGGGUCGAGCUUCACACGACGUGGAACAGAAAGGGGAAUACCUAGAAAAUGUAGAUGUGGUGUAGCGUUUGUAGUCAAGACUUCAGAAACAAUGAAUAAUCUGGGGAGGCUAUUUCAUUGUUGUUCUUAUGGCUCCAAGGAGAAUAAUGAGCAUUUGUUCAAAUGGACCGAUAUAUCUAUGGUGGAAGAGAUGGAAGAAGUUGAGAGUGUUGUUGGGAAGAUAAAAGUAGAUGUGGAAAGCUUAGCGAAAGGCUUAAAUGCUGUGAAAGCUGAGAUGGAGAGUCUAGCAAUGGAGACACGCACAUGUGAGGCCGUAUGCAAUAGCUACGAAAAUGAAAUCCAAGCCAUCAAAGCUGUUGCACAAGGAUGUGAGAAGGAGAUUGAAGAACUCAAAGCUGUGAUUGCUUGUUGUGAAAAAUAG